GUCAGGACUGAAGGCCGGCCACGGUGCCUGGCCCAGGAGUAGGAGAGGUGAUGAACUGCUGAGGUGCAGGGAGAGGUGCAGAGGGGGCACCCCCCAUGCUACCCUGCUUCCAGCUGCUGCGCAUAGGGGGCGGCAGGGGCGGUGAUCUCUACACCUUCCACCCCCCGUCCAGGUCAGGCUGCACCUAUAGGCUGGGCUGCAGGGCUGACCUGUGUGAUGUGGCCCUGCGGCCCCAGCAGGAGCCGGGCCUCAUCUCUGGGGUCCAUGCAGAGCUGCAUGCUGAGCUCCAAGGAGACGACUGGAGGGUCAGCCUGGAGGACCACAGCAGCCAAGGGACUUUGGUCAAUAAUGUCCGACUCCCAAGAGGCCACAGGCUGGAGUUGAGCGAUGGUGACCUUCUGACCUUUGGCCCUGAAGGGCAAGCAGGAACCAGCUCCUCGGAAUUCUACUUCAUGUUCCAACAAGUCCGGGUCAAACCUCAGGACUUUGCUGCCAUUACUGUCCCUCGGUCUCGGGGAGAAGCUGGGACUGGUUUCCAACCCAUGCUGCCCCCCCAGGGGGCUCCCCAUCGGCCACUCAGCACCCUGUCCUCUGCCCCCAAGGCCACACUGAUCCUCAACUCCAUCGGCAGCCUCAGCAAGCUGCAGCCGCAGCCCCUCACCUUCUCCCGGGGUGGUGGCAGACCACAGAGCCUGGCUGUUCCCACCCAGCCUGCGGAAGUGGGGGCUUCGCCCGCUCCACCCACAAGAAACCGGAGGAAAUCGGCUCAUAGAGUGUUGGCAGAACUAGAGGAUGAGAGCGAGGCUUCCCUGGGCCCUCUCUCAGUCCUUAUGGAGCCCAGGAAGAAGCUCCGUGUGGAGAAGGCCGCUCUGGUGUCCAGUGGGAGGGAAUGACCACAGGGGAAAGUGCCUUGCUAUAGACUGACUCAAGGCUGGAGGACCCUCAUGAUCGUUGAGGUGGCAAAAAAGAUGAUUCCUGCCAAAGAUGUGGCUGCCUGCCGCCAAAUUACCAGUGAGCUGGGAUGCCCAGUAACCAGGAAUAAAGCCUUGUUCCCGUGGACACCGGAGUAUGCGCAGCUAGAGCAACCAUCACAGAAACCACCCCAGACUGCCUUAUGCCAUGGCUACUGCUGCCGCUGACUGAGUCUCUGUGACUGGCUUUUCAGAGCUUUGCCUUUAUAUCAAAAUAAAGAAUAAAAUGCUUCAUCCA